UUCUGACGACGGCCGGACCAGUUUUCUCGAGGUGCGCCAACUCCAUGCGUUGGUUUCUCUGCUCGUCGAGCGUUCGUUCGUCACAAGCGCCCGGAAGGCCACUGCAGCGGAUACAUAAACAUAUAAUAUAUUAAUUUGACGAUUUGUAUUAUUAUUACUAUUGUGAUGGUCAGACUGUUACAAUCGGUAAUUGUUUCAGUAAUUGCGGUGGAUCAGCGUCUAUUCAUCUAUCGGUUAAUUUCUUUUAUGUAGAUGGUGUGCAGUGAACGGGGUGCGCGACGCGACUUUUUCCCAGGUGAUUUUAUUUCGCGAUUUCAGAUUUUUUGUAGCGAUUUUAGUGGUUUGUGAAUUUAACCUUGAAGUGAAUGCAAACGUUUGUAAUUUUAAAUUUGAGUAGAUGUAUUGUGUUGAAACUACCUACCUGUCGGUCAGCUUAUUAUUAUACUUUUGUAAGCCGAAAACCUGUUGGAGUACUUGGUUGCCCAGUGCGAGAUUUUAUACCUGAUCGCUACAUAAAAAGGACAAUGAAGCAAAUGGGGAAGAAGAAGCUAUUGCUUGCCUUGUUGCUAUUCAGCGGAGGCUUUAUUUUGUACUUUGUUUGGAUUCAAAAUACCUUCGAAUUUCCGACAAUUGUCCAUUCACUAAGAACUGCUUAUCAAACAAAUAUGAAAUCAGAUCCUCGAUGGACUUGGCGAUGCCAUAAUGAACGAUGUGAACGUCACAUAAAAAAGGAAAAUGAGAAAUCGGCAUCAUUAAUCACUUGUAAUAUGCUAUGUGGUCAGCCUAAGUUGUGGCCAUUUCCCACUGGUUCUUUAUAUGUUAGUGAAGAUUCCGUUACGUUUUUUUACCAUCAGAUCAGUGUCUUAUACUUUGCCAAAAAUCCAGUCAGAAGUUUACUCGAGCAAUCUUUCGCCGUAUUCAAUCAGAACGUAAUAAAUAUGGUACCAACUACUUAUAAAACAUCUUACAAAAGCGACAUAAAAAGAUUUUUGGUGGUAGUUUCUGUAACACAUCCGAAUCAAAAUAAGCUUACCCUUAGUACAGACGAAAGUUACACUCUAGCUAUGAAUAUGAAUGGGGAUGAUUUGGUUGCCACAAUAAAAGCUGGCACCUAUUUCGGCGCGAGACAUGGUCUUGAAACGUUAUCUCAGUUAAUUUGGUGGGACGAUCACCCACCGGAAGGAAUUCUUAGAACGGUAAAGGCAGCUAAUAUCCAGGACGCUCCCGUCUUUGCAUACAGGGGUUUAAUGAUUGAUACAGCCCGAAAUUUCAUGCCUGUUGAUAGUUUGAAGCGAACUUUAAUUGGAAUGUCCAUGAAUAAACUUAAUAUAUUUCAUUGGCAUAUGACAGACUCUCAGAGUUUCCCCUUUUCGACGCCGAGCGUUCCGAAAAUGGCUCAAUAUGGAGCUUACGGACCAGACAUGGUGUAUACACCCCAAGAUAUCCAAGAGUUAGUAGAAUUUGCUUACCAUCUUGGCAUUAGGGUUGUGAUUGAGAUCGACACUCCAGCCCAUGCAGGAAAUGGAUGGAAUUGGGGUCCGGAAGAAGGUCUUGGAGAUUUAGCCGUUUGUGUCAACGAACAACCGUGGAACUUGUACUGUGGAGAACCUCCAUGUGGACAGUUGAAUCCGUUAAAUCCUAAUACGUAUGAAGUGUUGGAGAAAUUGUACAAAGAUAUUAUACGAUUAACUGGUGAAACGGAGUUGUUUCACAUGGGGGGAGAUGAAGUUAAUUUGGAUUGUUGGGGACAAUUCCUGAAGGGUAUUAAUUAUACCGACUUUCAUGAUUUGUGGGGCCUUUUUACCAUGAAAGCCUUAGAAAAACUAGCAAGUGCCAACGGAGGCAACCUGCCUUCAAAUAUGAUAUUCUGGUCCAGUAAUCUCAGUCGAAGACCAUAUAUUACAAGAUAUAUGGAUAAAAGUAAAACUAUUAUACAAAUCUGGAGUCCGAGCCUGUGGAGUGAUACUUACGAUAUUUUAGCCGAUGGCUAUAGGGUUAUUAUGUCCCAUGUAGACGCUUGGUAUUUAGACUGUGGAUUUGGUAGGUGGCGGGAAACGGGAGAAGCAGCAUGUGAUCCUUAUCGUUCUUGGCAAACCAUGUACCUUCAUCGACCUUGGCAGGAGUCAAUGGAUAAAAACUUAGUGGUAGGUGCGGAAGCCUGUUUAUGGUCUGAACAACUGGAUGCAGCUUCGUUGGACGCCAGAUUGUGGCCAAGGACAUCGGCAUUCGCAGAAAGAGUAUGGUCUGAUCCUGAAAAGGAUGUAAAGAUGUAUACCAUCAAAGAAAGUGUUUAUACACGACUCACCAUUCAAAGAGAUAGGUUGAUAUCUAGAGGAUUAGGGGCCGAAGCGUUGUGGCCGUUAUGGUGUUCCCAAAACCCCGGUCUUUGCCUUUGACAGCGCACUUGUUUAAGAUAAUAUUUUUUUCUUAAAUGUUAAUUAUAAUCCCUAAUAACAGAUAACGAAUAGAACAGACAAAGUAUUAAGUAUAUAUUAUUGCUGUGAACAGGAAGUGAGAGAAUUGUUUUGUAAAAGUCUCCUGAAAGGUGCCUUCUUGCUUAAAUAGUAAGUCUGUUAUGCAUGGUAAUACGAAUUCUAUUUAUCAUUUGAGCAUGUAUUAACAUCUUAUUUCAUGUAUGUCUCAUUUAAUAUAAGAACGGAAAACUAACAGUCACUUUUGUGCAUUUAGAAUUACUUCAAGAUAGAAAAUUAUGGAAAGUUACCAUUUAUUCCAAAACAUUUUUUUAGUUUAGUCUCAAAAAUUAUUGUUAAACUAAAUAAGGUACCUAUGUUAUAGGCACCAAAAUUCUUGAUACAGUUAAGACUGUUAGAGAUUAAGUAUAAUAAUUAAUAAAGGUAUCAACAAAAAAAAAUGAGCGUUGACAAACAAUUGAUGAAAUAAAAUUAAAAAAAAUAAUAAACUGGCAUAAGUAAAAUACUAACUAAACGACGAAAACAAAUUAUUAGUUAAGAAAUAAAAUUUGGUAAUUAACCAAACUAAACACUAAUUUAGCACUUUACUAUUUUCAUUUUAAACAUGAAUUGUAAUUCUUGUACCUAUUUUCCUUCGUUACAUUUCUUAGCUGUAAAAACUAAUUGAGCACAUUGAUUAUCUCUACAUUACAUAACACAAUAACAUUUUUAAAAAUCCAAAUAACUAUAUUUAGUUCUUUAGAGGCAGAUUUGCUGCUCGGUCCUUGAUUAAAUAUUAUAUCUAAUUUAAUUUAAUUUUGUGUAAACAUUUACAACGUCAAGUUAAAUUCUAUGUAAAACGGUCUGAGUUGCAUUGCAAUUAAUUGAGGUUUUUACCAUUAAGUAUGAAUUGACAUAUAGCAGUUCAUCAUUACAUUGUGAAUAUAUUUUUUUUUACAUCCCCGAUUAAUUAUAAUUUUAAUUUUUAUAACUUUAUUUUCAAAUAUUCGAUGUGAUCUACGGAUAUUUGUUUGUGGUAUGUAAAUAUGCCAAUCAUUAUUAAUUGAUUUCAGAAAUAUAUUAUUGUUAGUGAAAAAGUGCACUUAAUAAAGUUAUAAAGGGCGAAGAGACCCCCCCUACUCCGCUAGUCAUUAGAUAGUUAACUUGUUUUGUAAUGAAAUAGAUUAAUUUAUUUGUUUAGUGAUCAAUUGAUACGUGACUGAGCAAGUAUAAUUUUUGUGAAGAUUUCUUAACUGUGUUAUUAAAAUAGAAGUAAUUAAGUCUGUUAGACCAAUUAGUAUUAAGAAUUAAGCAAUUACGAUACAUAUUUCGCAUAUUUCGAAAGGAAUACUGUUUCUCAAAGAAUCAGAUUGUAUUAUUGUUGUAAAAAAGAGAUUGAUGUAUAAAUUUUAAUUUAUGAGUUUC